AUGUACGGUCGACCGCCAACAGGAUCGCUUGCAAACCGUCCAAGUAGCCGCGCCGGGUCAACAACAUCAUGGGGAAGAGGCGGCGCUGCGGCGGGAGGAGCCCCAGCUCCUCCGCGAACUGGUGCGACGAGGGCGGGUGUACCUGGAACCGCGCGACCCACGACAGCGAUGAGAGGAGCAUUUGGUUUCCAGGUGGUUGACCGGCCAAUGACUCAACAGGGCCUGGGAGGCAUGCGUACCGGCGUCCAAGGGCCUGGUCGUAUGGUGCAAGACAUUACGUUCUUCCAAAGCGAACUUCGGCAAAAGAUAACUCUACUGAACAAUGAGGUCAAGCGGCUAUGUGCGGAAUACGAUACAUUGAACAAGGAGAAUGCCAAUAGUGCCGCAUUUGAGAAGAGAGCCGACAUGCUGGCGGAGGAAUUACGCGAUCUGCAGGGUCAAUUAGGAGACUUUAACACACUUGUCGACAAGCUUCACACGGACACCGAUCUGGAAGACAUUGAACGACAUUACAACCAGCUCAAAGCAAAGAACGAGCGGGAAUCUCAGGUGUUAGAUGAAGUCUUCAUGGAAAGACAACAACGGGAAGCGGCAACCAGGGAGCUGGAGAACCAAAUAGAAGAAGAACGACGCCGGACAGAGGAACAAAUCAAUGAUCUGGAUGAUGCUCGUCGAGCACAAUAUUACGACCUUAAAGAACAAAACUUCAGAUAUCAAGAGGAGAUUGCACGAAGGCAGCUGGAGCUUGAUGAGCUCAGCAAACAGACGACGGCGUUACAAGAGGACUUGCGACAAGAUCCAAUCAAGAAACGAGCUCUAGCACUGAACGAGAAAGUGAACGAGUUGCGCACAAAGAAGCAAGAGAUGGAGGAAUCACUUAAGGCUUUGGAAUCAGAAUCUGGACCACAGGAGAAGAGCAGACUACUGCAGCAGGUCAAAGAAGAUAACCAGGAAACAUCUGCUAUGGAGCGCAAAAUUUUGGAGUUCGAAGAACAAGCUCAAAAGAUGAAGGAACAGCUCUCUGAAUUGGACAUGGAAAUAGAUUCCAAUCAGGCCGAGAAGAAUGCUAAAUACGAGGAGCUUCUUAAGCGCGACCGGGACAUGCAGAACUUCAUUGAUAACUUUGAGGAUCGGAAAAAAGACGCCGAGGAACGCAACAGCCAGACUGAAAAGAACAUCGUAACGUUGCUGGACCAUAUUCGGUCGCUCUCUAAACACGAGCAAUUGCCGUCACCAGAAGGAUUUCAAGAUUUGCAAGGCGAUUUAAAGUUUAAAGAGAAGGAAAUGCGGAAUUCCGAGAACACAAUGGAGGCUUUGGUCCAAGAACGGGAUCGACGUCUUCAGGACCUGGAAAAAGUCAACCAACUUGAAACCAAGAUGGCGGCCGAGCUGGAGCAACUUCGAGUUAAAAUGGAGGGGCUCAAGAACGACCUUAUCAAAGUCUCUGAUAUCGAAAGUGUGAAGAAAGAAGUUGAGGAGACAAAGGCUCGCAAUUCAUCGGAGCGCGAGCAGCUGCUUACACUGCGAGAUACACUCCGAUAUCAGGUGCAACACACGCUUUCUGCCAAGCACGAGGCGAAAAAGACGUCCUUGCACGAAAAUGAGACGGCUGCACACCUGGCAGCUAUGGAGCAACGUUUAAGGCAUAUUGAGGGAACCAAUUUCCAUUUGAAAGAGUAUAUAAGCUCAAAGCUCGCUGAAAGUGAUUACAAGCCCGUUGCAAAGCAGGUGUCCGCCCUGAUGGAGGAAGUUAACCAACAGAUUUUGAAAAUAAUGUCAGUUGCGCCAGCGCGGUGA